AUGACACAAAGAUUAAUAGUAAUAGUACAUAUUGAAUUUAAUUCUGAUAAUCGAGGAGGCAACUUAAAAGGAUCGUUUUAUGACAUUUUUCCAGAUAUUGAAAAUGAAGCUAAAUUAUUUGCAGCUAAUGAAUGUCAAAAAAGAACAUCUGAUUUUAAAGCAGCUGAUUUACGUAAUUUUAUUGACGCAAAAUUCUAUGAAGUAACUGGUUUAAACAAGAAUAGUAAUGAUUCAUUUAUAAGAUCUGAACGAAGUUGUCGACUUGAUUUAAAGAAUUGGGGAGCUAAAUUUGAAAAAAAUUCUCAAAGACCUUAUUUUGAAGGACAUGAAAGAGAGGAUGUUGUCAAGCAUCGAAACACAUUUAUUAAUUACUUUUUAUCUCGUAAAAAUCAUUAUUAUACGUUAAAUGAUGAUGAAACACCAACAUGGAUUUAUCCAACUCGACGUCCUUGUAUUCUAAUGUGUCAUAAUGAAUUAACCUUUCGUAGUGGUGAAGUAUCAGCAAAACGUUGGAUGAUGACUGAUAGUAGUGGAUUUUUUAGUAAAGGUCGAGGAAGAAGUUACAUGGUAUCAGAUUUUUUAGUACAACAUCCAUCCAGUCCAUUUUUUAGUUUAAAUGAAGUUGAAUGGAAGGCAGCUAUUAAAAAGUAUCCAACUUUAGAUCAAACUAAUGAUGUUGAAUAUUUUGAAAGAUCAGCAACAGCUAGUAUUAAUAUUGGAACAGAUUAUUAUUUUGAUAACACCGUUAUUCUCGAACAAUUUGGACGACUUUUUCAAAUUUUACAAUUCAAGAAGGAGUUUCAAGAUCAUGAUAUUGAAAUCAUUGUCGAUAAUGCCCGGACUCAUACUGCAAAAAGCUAUAGUUUAAACGAUUUUGGAAAGUCAGUCAGUACCAGAUGUCCGAUAGAAAAAAUUAAAUGGUAUGAUGAAAAUGGAAGCGAAAAAGUUAUUGAUUGUUAUUUUAAAAAUGGUCCUAAUAAAGACAAAAGCAAAAGACUUUUUGAAAUCGCUAAUAAAUUAAAUAUACCAGUUCCAAGAGGGUGUAAAUUACAAGAAUUACAAGAUCUUCUUUCUCAACACAAAGCCUUUCAAAACGUUUCGAAACUCGAGGAGCUAGGAAAUACACAUAAAGUUAAAGUUAUAUUUGCACCGAAAUAUCAUUGCGAAUUAAAUCCAAUUGAAGGAUUAUGGUGUAAUCAAAAACAAUUUGUACGAUCGCGCACUGAUCAGAGAUUUAAUACCAUGAUUCACCUAGUAGCUCAGUCACGAAAACAUUUUAUUGAAAAACAAAUAUAUAAAAAAUUAUUUCGACGAUUUUGGAGAUGUUUAUAUGCUUAUCAAUCAGGACAAAAUUAUUCACAGGUGUUGCAAUUAUUCUUUAGUCACUCAUGUAAAGCAGAUGUGUCAUCUCAUCGAAAGAUAACCAACACCAAUUUAAAUUGA